CCAUGGUUCUGCUCCUUUCAAAACCACAGUCAGGGCUCCCUUACGGAUGCAUUUCUCCUCCCCUGGUCGGAUCAUCUGCUGUACACAUUCCCACCAUUUCCACUUGUGCAUAAGGUCCUGCUCAAAAUCCAGAGGGACAAGGUGACAGUCAUAAUGGUGGCACCGGCAUGGCCCCGCCAGCAUUGGUACACCACACUCCUGGAACUUUCUGUGGAUGCCCCGAUUACAUUGCUGCUACUUCCGGACCUGAUCACCCAGGACCACGGUCGCCUUUGUCACCCAGACCUCCAGUCUCUUCACCUCAUGGCGUGGAAGCUCCAUGGUUAAACCCCAUGGAGCUCAUAUGCUUGGAGUCAGUUAUUAAAGUCCUGCUUGGUAGUAGGAAGCCCUCCACUAGGACCACCUAUCUGGCCAAAUGGAAAAGGUUUGCAAUCUGGUGCUCCCAGGACCGCACUCCACUGUUGCAGGCCCCCAUUCCUCUCAUCCUGGAGUACCUGUUACAUCUUAAGCAGCAAGUUCUAGUAGCUUCUUCCAGCAAGGUGCACUUGGCAGCUAUCUCUGCAUUCCACCUGGGAGAGACCAGGUGCUCCGUUUUUGCCAAGUCCAUGUUUGGCUGCUUCCUCAAAGGGCUAGAGGGGCUGUACUCCCAGGUUUGGCAGCCGAUCCCUACACAGGACCUCACUCUGGUUCCUUCCAAACUGAUGGGGCUCCCAUUUAAACCACUGGUAGCUUGUUCGCUUCUAUUCCUAUCAUGGAAGGUUGCCUUUCUAGUCACCAUUACUUCGGCAAAGAGUGAGCGCCUUCAGAACUUAAGGCCCUCACCUCCAGCCUUCCCUACAUGGUUUUCUUUAAGGACGAGGUACAGAUUAGACCUCACCCAGCUUUCCUUCCAAAGGUUAUGUCCUAAUUUCACUCCAACCAGGACAUUUUCCUGCCUAUUUUUUACCCUAAACCUCAUGCGAGCAGCUGGGAACAAAGACUCCACUCACUGGAUGUUCAACAGGCACUCACCUUUUACAUCGAGUGCACAAAGCUGUUCCAAAAGUCGAACCAGCCGUUUGUGGUGGCUGCAGACUGUAUGGAAGGUCUUCCAUUCUCGUCGCAGAGGAUCUCAUUGUAGAUAACCUCAUGCAUCUGCACCUGCUAAGAAUUGGCCAACGUUCCAGCCCUGGCACCCACAGCACAUUCCACAAGGGCGUAGGCCUCCUCAAUGGUGUUCCUGGCCCAGGUGCCAAGUCAAGAGAUCUGCAGGGCAGCAACAUCGUCCUCGGUGCACACUUUCAUCACUCACUAUGCCAUUACACAACACACUAGAGAUGACGCAAUUUUUUCGGCAGAGCAGAGCUCCAGUCUGUGAUUCCAUAACUCCGAUCCCACU